CGGAAGUUUACGUAUUUGCCUUGGUUUCCGAAAUUCCUUAUUGCAUCUCUUGAGGACCCAUGUUUUACGCAACACCUCUACGCUAAGGGAUAUUGAUUUGUCGUUACAUAAUGGCUGACAAGAGUCAAACUGUUGCCAGUGAUUCUGGUUCUGACUGGGAUGAUGAAAGCACACUGGAUUUCACAUCACCACGGCAACAGAAGAAAGUGCCCCUCCGAUCCCCGCACCACUCUGCACAACAGGAUGAGGAAGACAAGUCCGAGAUGAGUGAAGCCAGACCCAAGCCCAGGGAGAGGACCACAGGGAAGCAAGUGAAUGAUAAUGGGGAGACAGGGCAAAGAAAUUCAAAUGUAAUCCCAAAACAAAGAAAUCCGGCCGACACCUCCUCACCUUGGAUCCAGUCGCACCCAUCUGACAACCCACCUCAUGACUUCAAGGGGGAACUUGAAGACGAGGGGAGGCAGGAGGACAGCGGUCAGCGGCCUGGCCGUGGCAGGAAGGGAAACAACUACGAUGUCGGCCCAACUCCACAGCCGGUCAACCCAACAGGGCGUGGAGGUGGUGUGGGGUCCUGGGACGACUCGGAUGCAGAAGAGAGGACGUUACGCGACCUGAACGCCACGUUGAAGAAGGAGAAGAAACGAGAGACUGAGGAGAGAAAUCGAAGGAAGAAAGAGCAGAGAGAUGAAAGGUCACAGGCCUCAGAUCUUCCAACCAGCAGGUCAGACAACAUGAGAGGCAACCAUGCCUAUAUCAGUGGCCGCAGUCAAGGGAGACAACAACCACAGCAACACGACCAGACAUACGAACAGGACAUGCCGUACGAAGAUGUAGCACGACGUGAUGUCAUGAUGCCACAUGCCUCCCGUGAUGUCACGUCACCGUACAGCCCUCGUGAUGUCAGGGUGGACAUGCCUGGCAACAAGUUUCUGGAUGAGGCUAACCUGCUUCCUGUCGUCUUCCAUGAUGAGGAGGGAGCAAGGAUGUUGUACCACUUCCAGCCGUGCAACAUGAAGGUGUACGAAGUACCCGACUCCGAGGAGGCAGCCAUCAUGCCAAGCGUGGCCGACAAAGCGGAGAGAGUUAUGCGGCGCCUGUGGCAGGAAGUGUUUGGCGGUUUACGACUGGUCACUGGUGUCUUCAUCAUCUUCAUCGUUGAAGCGCUGAAAUUCGUCUUCCACCAUGUGGCUCAGCCAAUCAUCAUUGGGCUACUAACUGGUGUCGGAGACUUCUUCAUCAAGCCGCUUCUCUCUCUGACCUUCAGCCUCGUCUUCCAGCCCAUCAUUGUGUUUUUCUGGAACAUGUUGACAGGUGUACGCCAUCUGUCGCAACCCGUGAUUGAUAUUCUCCAUGGCUUGCUUACGCCCAUUGCAAUGGUUUUACGCUCAUUUCGUCUUUUUGAAAUCACAUAUCAAAAUUCAUCGAAUCGACCCAUUCGUAAUGUGUAAAGGCAGCGCUGACCCUACGUUAUUUUUGUCUCAGAAUGUACAAAAUGUAUUUCAUCUCAUAGUUUUGUUUGUAUUGCAAUACAUCAAAAGAAAUACUGAUAUGCAAGUAUUGAGUACUAGUACUUAAUUUAUUCAAGAUGAACGGUUUUAUGUUCAAGAUACCAUACUGUUUUGACAUUUUUUCAGUGGUAUCUCAGAUGUUUUAGCUUGUUAUGUUUGUUCACAGCCACUGUUAUAUGUAGUCCACCAAUGCAAUUUUUUUUAAUAUGUAUCCUUGUAAUAAAUAAUGCAAAUAUGUCUGGACACAGCGUCAGUGUUGUGCCAAGGUUUUGCUUUGGGUGGAUGCCACUCUCCCAAACAGGUGACUGAAUCAGAAUCGGUGUUUGAAAUAAUUUUAAGACCCAACAAGAAAGUUGGGUAGGUGACCCAAAGUGUUGACUUGUCUUUUGCAUGGCUUCAAAAUAACCUGCCCGCGCUCGGGCAUUAUAUAUUGAAAAAUCGCAAAAACUAAGAGACAAAUAAAGCCUUGAUUCACGGUUAAAAUAAUGCAAACAAUUACUUGAGAAUCUACAAGGAGUUAUAUUAAAACUGAAUACGUAAGUGGUCUUAAAAGUAUCUGCCAAACAGUCGGGCAGGUGGAGUCAAAUUUUGUGCAGCCCGACAGAAAAGUUACCUGGCACGAGCAGGCAGGCCGGCAGUAAUUUCGGACACUGGACUGAAUCAUUAAAGGGGAACUAGGAUCGGGCAAAUUAGCUGUCCUAGGUCAUAAUUUGAUUUGGGUCUCUUGGUAUGUCAGAACCCCCAAGAUAUAGAUGUGUUUCGGAUAACAUGUUCCCAAAAUGUAGGCAAUUUUUUGUUCUUUUUUGUUGAAUUGUUUUUUGAUAUUGGUUGCAAUGUAUCUUCAUAUUGUUGGUCAAAAUAGGUACAGCAACGAUAAUAUCCGGAACAUCUGAUUUGUUUCUGAAUGUAAAAUAUUUGUUUCUUGAUGUUUGUUUCCAGCUGUGAUAAAAACAUUGGUGAUGCAGGUGAAAUAAUGGGUUUGUCAGGUUACCUGAAACAUAAUAUAUUUUUUCUCUCAUGAUAUGAUAAGCACUUUAGGUGUUGCUUUUCACUGAUGUAUCGAUGGAUCACACAUUUACAUCUGACGAAGCAAUACACAAUAUGGUGACCCAUGUAUUGAUUCAAGUUUUUAAAAAGAAAUGUUUACAAAGUUUUGCAAUAAUGUUACCUGAUAAUCGCUGGAGCUAGUGCUACCUUACAGCCAAUCACAGAACAGUAUGCUAAUUAUGAUUGCAUUAUACAUGUACUAUGAGAACAAUGAGUGAGUGAGUGAGUAUGGUUUUACGCCGCUAUUAGCAAUAUUCCAGCGAUAUCACGGCGGGGGACACCAGAAAUUGGCUUCACACAUUGUACCCAUGUCGGGAAUCGAACCCGGGUCUUCGGUGUGACGAGCGAAUGCUUUAACCACUAGGCUACCCGACCGCCCCACUAUGAGAACAAGCUGACAACAACAACCUGUUGGGACAUUUCUCAUAAAUAUGUUACAGAUUAAUAUGUAUUUCUGUAUUCGACGUAAUAACGAUGAUAUAUUAUGUUUCAUGCAGUGAAAUCAAUUGAAGUAACAAGGCUUAAGGUUUGAAGUACUUCACCAUUCCUUUCCAUACAAUGACAUCCCUAUGAAUCUGCCUUAGUACAUGACGUGAAGAUCCGGGGUAGAAUAGGUCUUCAGCAACCCAUGCUUGCCGUAAAAGGCGACUAUGCUUGUCGUAAGAAGCGACUAACAGGAUCGGGUGGUCAGGCUUGCUGACUUGGUUGAUGCAUG